AUUUUGCGUGUUAAUAACACAUCGGUUUACGGUUAUUUACAUUUUUUGUAACAAAAAUUAAUGAUUAUUAACAAAAAUAAAUCAAGUGUUACUUUAACUAAAAGUGCUUUUUUUACCAAAAAUUAUCAACAUUAAACGAGUCUACAUAAACAAAUUAAUUAUGUGUGAAAAUAUAGUUUAAAAAGAAGUAUUGAAAAGAGAUCGAGUAUUUCGCAAACAAGAAAGAGCGGCUGCACGAAGACACAAAGAAGAGCAACUGCAAAAGGAACAAAAAGACGAAGACAAGUUACGCAAAAAAGACGAAGUGAAAUUGAAACAUUUUUAAAACGUUCGUUAAAAUACAAGAAUUCGUUAUUAAUGUCUGGCGGUAACUAAAGAAAGAAUCAAAAUGAAUCGUUUGAGACCGCAAAAAUUUAAGCUGAAUAUCAGCGCCGAGGAGGAACCCGGCCAUAAUAACAACAAUAACAACAGUAUUAUGAAUAAUAGUUUGUUGAACAAAAUCAGCAAACGUUAUUCCACACUCAGCAAUAAAAUUACCAGACGCAGUCAGGCGGGUCGAGCCAGAUCACCACAGAAAAUUAUAUCAGGCAGUUAUGAUAUGACGGGUGUCUUGUCGGAGGAUCAUCGUUUGGAAAUUGGGGCUCCUGUUCUGAUCUCCUCUACCACAUUGGAUGCAGAACGAUUUGAUGUGAGUGAGGAGAGGCUAAAGAUGAUUGGUGGUGGUGUAGCGGCUUUACGUUCAGUGCCUGUCAUACUUAAUGACUCCCAGCAACAAGUACACUCGUCUUCGGGCAGUGAAAAUGAGGUAUUUGUUGAUGCUUUGAGUACAACACCCAUGAUGCUGGCUGGAGAUCAGGUGGAUAAUGAUAAAUUUGAGCUGGCCUACGCAACACCGCAAAAGCUUAAUACACCUGAAAAGGAAGGCGAUGAGCCUGCUGAUAAUGUUGAAUUGGUCUACGAAACCCCACAAAAAUUUACCACACCUCAAAAAGAAGAGAAAGAAUCUUCCCCGGAUUCUGAGAAAUCUCAAGAUAGUGAAUUGACUCCGAUCAAUCAAAUGUCUAAUUAUUAUGAGUCAACCAAAAAUGCCAGACCCACUUCUAUACUGUCUCAGAAAAAUCACUCACAAUCGGCCCACAACUUACACAAAUCCGAACUGAAGGUAUAUUUACAAAAGGCUCCUUCCAUGGAUCUAAAUGGAGAGCAUCAAUUAACAGCGGUGGAAAUAGAAGAUCUAGAUGAAAGUUUGCCCAAGUUACCAGAGUUAUAUGGAGCCAGUAAAUGUAGUUUGGCUGCUACCGACAAUGAUGAUGAUGAUGACGACGAUGAUUGUGAGGCAGACAAGGAAAACAGCUCACCCUCCAUGAUUGCCUCGGUACAGAGUAAAAGUGAACCCAAUACCCCGCUUUAUCCAGAGAAAAAUCGUAAUAGUUUUUUGUCUCAACAAAAAGUCUUUCAAAGUGCAGAGAAUUUGACUCAGAGAAGGGCCAAGAGAAGAAGUGUUAUGUUUAGCAGUACCACUUCCAUGAAUCGUCGAGAUUCCUGCAGCAAUAUGUCUGGUACUAUGGGCUCCAAAACGAGUGUCAUGAGUCAAAUAUCCAAUUUUGAUGAUUACGAUUUGAAGUCGGUCAGCUGUCAAAGUCUCAAUCCUCAAACCCUGUUUGUAUCGAUUGAUGAACUCAAUGAAAUCACCCGCCAAAUAAAUGAAUCCGAAGAAUUCAAUCAGGAUAUAGAUUUGGAGUAUUGCAAUCAUCGAGAUCAAUUGAAACCCAGCGAGAGGCGCAUAACUUUGUUGAAAAACAAAAAUGCCCGCAUUAUAAAUUUCAAUCACAAUAAGGAGAAAAUCAAGAAAUCCUGGUCGGGUGUCAAACACUGGAUUGGCGAAGAGGGUUUGAAAAUCAAAGAUGUGGUUCAAAGGCAGCCUAUAAUGCAGAAAAUGGGUACUUCAAAGUUAAAUCUGAGUAAUGCAGAGUGUAGAAAUUCUUCCUCACUAAAUGGCAGCAUGCUUUUGAAACAGUCCAUGAGCAGCAGGGCAGCUUCACACGAUAAAAGUUUAGAUGAAUCUGGUAGGGAUUCCAAAAUGAAUUCUUCAUCUAAUCUAUACGAAGGUCAAGGACCCAGAAGUCCUGUACCUAAUUUAAAUACAACCUCUAGUUGUGACAAUGUUGCCGAUGACAGCAAUGAAUUGAAUGAUUCGUUUGAAGGUGGCGAGGGUGAAUCACCUUCAGCCAAGAAAGCUAGACAAGAGGGCCAAAAUGGCUUCGAAGAAUUGCGCCGUUAUAUUAAACAGGGUGGAGAUUUUGGCAAGGAACUUAUUAUCAUUUUACAAGAAAGAAUCGAUUCUGAACUUAUGUAUUCAAAAUCGUUAUCAAAAAUGGCCAAUAAAUUAAAUAAAGCUUGUCGGGAAUUACCCGGCACUAUUGCGGAAGCCUGGCGUGGUGUGGCCACUGAAAUGGAAACUCGUAGUGAUAUUCAUCGUCAACUCUCGGCCUCUUUAGCAGAGGAGAUUGUUAAGCCCUUAAAAACCAUUGUAGAGGGUCACCAUAAAACCCGCAAAUCGGUCGAGAGCAAUGUGGACAAAGCCUCACGUGUCUUGGCCGAAUGGCGUGCCAGUGAAGCCAAAGCCAAAAAGUCUUCUCAUGCUGCCGCCCGAGAAAACGAAAAGCUACAGGAUGCCAUGUUGGAUGUAAGAAUACAAAAAUCUCCUUCAAUUGCAUUGUUGCAUCAAAGUUCCAAUAAACAAGCUGCCGAAAAAGAACUCAAGUCUGCCGAAAAAGAUUGUGCAAAACUGGAUAAUAAACGUAAAAAAGCCGAAGAAACUGUUAAGAGAGCAGAUGUGGAAUACUACACUCUUUGUGUGAGGGCCGAAAGAGCCCGCGUCGAUUGGGAAAUGUCCGUGUUGAGAGGCUCUUCCAUUUUACAGAAUGUCGAAAAUCAACGUCUUAUUAAUAUGAAAAACUUUGUCUCGAACUAUUCACGUCUCACGGCCAACAUGAAUCCCAUCCUGGAGAGUUUGGUGCAGCGUCUACAGCCCCAGGUGGACAAUUGUAAUGUGGUUAAGGACAUGCAAAUUGUUAAGAACAUACGACGUAAUGCCGAAGGUCCCAGCGAACAAUUGCUACCAGAUUUCUAUUGUGAACACACGACAUUGGCCAUGAAUCGGGAGCGACGUAAGCAUGCUUUGGUCAAAUUGUUGCAGCUGGUUAAAACGGAUUUGGAGAGAGAACGACGUUCACGCAAUGGCUUAAAGAAUCUCUCGCAAUCGUUGAAUAGUCAGGAGCAUCAGAAUAUUACCGACAAAUUGUAUCAUAUACGUUCAAUGCUUACUUAUUUGGAGGGAGCACGUUUUAAACUUCAUUCGGCUUUAUUGGAAUUGGAUCAUAAGCCAAGAUCUUCUCAUCCCUUGGCACAGCAUAUACAGAUUACUCGUGAUCGUACCGGACUACAACAGAGCAUACUCAAAGUACCCUUGUGGCUAAAGAACAACGAUAAAAUGAACUCUUCCAAUAGCGGUGAUGACAGCCACGAAUACGAUACAAUAUCACAGGCAAACACCACAACAUCCACAUCGAAUAUCAGUUGCUUGGACAGCAGCAGCACAGUCACCAAUGGCGCAGGUGAAGCCUUCAUAAAAACGUUCAGUCGCAGCAAAAGCAACAUAGAGACUUUCUCAAGCAAAACUCAAAUCUGUGUUAAUGAGGGCAAAGAAAAGACAAAGACCCUCAAUGCUGACACUAAUCUAUACGAUGACAAUUGCAGUGACCGGGGUCAGGCGGAUGGUGGUUCAAAUCAACAAGAUUCCGAUUUUGAUGAGUUUAGUUCACAAGAGGACGAUGAUGAACAGGGGCCAUUGAAUCCAGGGCGUAAGGAACACAAGCAUAGCAUAGAGAAAGCUUUGGUGAAUGGCACAAAUCAUUUGUAUCAAAAUUCUGCUGAACUGCAGCAAGAACAGCUUAAUAAUGCAAUAAGUAGUAAUGAGGCCUCAAAUGGAACAACCGCUGCUGCGACAGUGGUGGUCUUAGGUAGAUGUAAGGCUUUAUAUAACUAUACACCAAAAUUAUACGAUGAACUUGAAUUAAAUCCUGGCGAUAUUAUUGAAGUUCAUGCCAAACAGGAUGAUGGUUGGUGGCUGGGGGCUUUAAAGAAUCAAGUGGGCAUAUUUCCGGCCACCUAUGUGGAGGAAAUAGCCUGAGAGAAAACCGAUAAACGAAAAACAUAUAAAAUGGUUUACAAUUUUGAUUUAGGGAUUUGAAAAGGUAACAUUUAUUAUUGGAAAUCUUAAAGAUUUAGUGCAACAUUAACAACUGCCAAUUAAAGAAAUGAAUCCCUUAAUAGGUGUAAGCACUUCGAAGACUUGCGCUCCAGAGAUGAGUCUAAGGUUUUAAGUUAAAAUUUACCUACCUACUUGCUAGAAUUUUAAAAUGCAUUUCAAAAACUCUUAAUUAGCAAGUAAAAAUGAUUAUAUUUAACUUUAAAACCUAAGAAAAAUAUUAAUGAACAAAUUUAGUUUUAAUAUAACGAAUCUAAUUCGCCUAAAAAUCCAAAUCCUAAGCUAGUUUUUCAUAAGCCCCGCCUCCACAACACCUCCAACUCCAAAAA